AUGCAGGAACCAACAUACGACCCCAGCCGUCCUAUGCCCUCGAUCGAGAUUGCCUACUCUUACAAGCUAGUCGGCAUCCCGAACAAGACAAUUGUCAGCUUGCGCGUCGAAUUCCCACCCAACGGAUCAACUCCCCCGCACCGUCAUGGAGGCGCGAACGUUGGCGCUUAUGUACUGAAAGGUACACUUCUCAACAAAAUGAAUGACGAUCCUAUGAAAACCAUUGAAGAGGGCGGAAGCUGGUUUGAAGCACCGGGCUGUCAUCAUCGCAUUAGCGAUAAUGCUAGCAAAACCGAGCCUGCAACUUUGAUUGCAACCAUGAUCACAGAUACCGAGGCCUUUGAGAGAGAUGGAAUGGGGGCACUUAUCCAGAUUGACGAAGAGUACCGGAAAUGA